AUGACGGUUAGCAACUCGACCUCCGACCCCGAAAAGGUUGCGGCAAUCGACCCAGUCGUCAUUGAUCAAGACGCAUCUUCUCAUGAUCUGGGAACGGGAAAGGUCCUGAGCCCGGCUAAUCUAGACGACCAACGUUAUAACACUACCAAACGUGGCCUUAGAAGUAGACAUGCGCAGAUGAUCGCUCUCGGAGGCGCCAUCGGCACAGGCCUGUUUGUCGGGACCGGCCAAAGUCUAGCCAUUGGAGGUCCAGCUUUCCUUCUGGUGGCUUUCAUUAUUAUGACAGUCCUGCUCUACUGUGUCGUCACGGCCAUCACCACAGUGGCAGCCUAUUUACCCGUUCAUGGAGGCACCAUGUCUUAUUACGGCUAUCGCUACGUCUCACGUUCGAUGGGAUUCGCUUUAGGAUACCUUUAUUGGUACGCCUUGGGAAUCCUUAUUCCGUAUGAAAUAACAGUCGCGGGACUUGUCAUCAACUAUUGGCAGAACGACAUUAACAUCGCGGUGUGGAUUACCGUUAUGCUUGUUCCUAUUAUUAUCCUUAAUUUCUUACCGGUCCGCGUUUAUGGAGAAACCGAGUUUUGGCUGGCAGGAACUAAAGUCAUUCUCAUUCUCGGACUUCUCUGCCUAUCGUUUAUAUUGUUCUGGGGCGGCGGACCGUCGCGCGAUCGCCUAGGAUUCCGAUACUGGCAGAAUCCAGGAGCCGCAAAGGAGCUAUUAACCGCCGGUAGUACGGGGUACUUCGUCAGUUUCUGGAAGACUCUAAUACUCAGUGUCUUUCCCUUCGGCUUUGCCCCAGAGCUUCUCGUGGUAGCGGCAGGUGAAAUGGAAUCCCCAAGGCGUAAUCUUCCUACAGCCUCAAAGCGGUUUUUCCUGCGCUUGGUAAUAUUCUACUGCCUAUCCGCGCUAGCUAUGGGGGUUAUAUGUCCUUCGAACGAUGAAAGACUUACCAAUGGUGGCCCAGGGGCUGCAGCUUCGCCUUUUGUUGUGGCCAUUGCCGAUGCAGGUAUCACUGUUCUUCCGUCAAUCGUCAACGCUGUUAUCCUCCUUUCGGCUUGGUCGGCCGGCAAUUCGUUUCUAUAUAUCUCCUCGCGAGCACUCUACUCACUUGCAGUACAAGGCGAUGCUCCCCGGAUUUUCAAGACGUGCAAUCGCUGGGGCGUACCGUAUUACGCCGUUGCCAUCAGUACACUGUUUUCUGGGCUGGCCUACCUGAAUGUCUCCUCAUCUGGUGGCGUGGUUUUCAACUGGUUCAUCAGUCUUACGACCACCUGGAUCAUGGUCUCUUGGGUAUGCUGCUGCAUCAUCUUUCUUCGAUUCCGCAGGGCCGCCGCUGUGCAGAAUAUCGAGCUGCCCUAUACGAGUCGGAUCCAACCCUAUGGCGCGUACAUUGCCAUGGCCCGCUUCACAACCCUUUGUCUAACGAACGGAUUCACCACGUUCUGGCCCCAGAAUUGGUCGGCAAGUUCCUUCCUGACUGCCUAUAUUGGCCUUCCUGUCUUCUUCGGCAUGUACUUUGUUCAUCGGUUCAUGUUCUGGAAUGACAAGUGGGCUUGGAAUCCCGAAGAAGUUGACAUGCACACUGGACUUCAGGAAAUUGCCGAUGCGGAAAAGCCUUCCAAAGUCAGAAAAGGCCUAGCAAAGGUCCUUGCAAUCAUCGAAUAG